CUCAACAAACACUCUCUCUCUCUCUCUCUCUCUCUCUCUCUCUCUAUUGAUUCAAUUGGCCCAGUUUUCAUCAUACAGUAAGAAGAAGAAGAAGAAGAAGAAGACCCAAUUUCGAUAGCAUCAAUGGCCGCCACGCCAUGCACCGAUCUCUACAACAACAACAGUAUCUUCCUCCGCAAGAAUAGGUCGAUUUCUCUCAUGGCUUUAUCACCUUUCCCAUUUCAUCAACCUACAAAAAUACCCGCCCACUCUUUCUCCAGAGAACAAAAAGUUUCUACACUAGGAGCUUCUACUUUCUUGAAAGCAACUUCUUCAUCGUCAAAAUCGAAGAGGUUACUCUCUACAAUACCCCGAUGCAGUGACUCGUCAAAUGUAAGUGGCGAUAAAGACGAAGAAAUCUCAAAGAAGGAAAAGACACCUUUCGGAUAUUCAAGAAAGGAUGUUAUACUAAUUGGAGUCGGAGUUACUGGACUUGGCAUUGGCCUCAAAAGUGGAUUGGAGUACGUCGGAGUUGAUCCAUUACAGGCUGGGAAUGUGGUUCAGUUAGUAUUGGUUUUAGGUCUUACGGUAGGUUGGAUUUCGACAUAUAUCUUCAGAGUCUCGAAUAAGGAGAUGACAUAUGCCACGCAAUUACGCGACUAUGAAGACAAAGUCAUGCAGAAACGUUUGGAGAGCUUAACAGAAGCAGAGAUCGUAGCACUGGUCGAACAGGUUGAGGAAGAGAAGAGACAGUUGGCUGCUGGUGAGCAACUCAAAUAAUUCACGGCUUUUUCCGAUCGGCAACUAUUGUUUAAUCCGCCGCGUAUUGAAAAUUAUAUAUAGUACAGAAAAAAUUAGGACAAACACGUUUUUUUUUUUGUGUGUAGCAAAGUAAAUUAUUAUGAGCAGAUGCUGAUACACUAGUGAUGAAUCUCAAUACCCAAUCCACAUGAUAUAUAUAGGGUGAAAAAUGCUUUGCUUAAUGUGUGUAUACGUAUUUACUUAAGUAUUUUAAAAUCAUAAUUAUGUUUUACACUUUACUUCAAA